GACUGGCUCGCCUUUUUUACACUUUGGGUCGUGUCGGCCCAUUCAGCGGCCACCACGGCUACCCGACCACGGCCGUAUAAGCAAACGCCCUGUUAAGCUAACAGCGUUGUCAAAUGGCUGAUACGGCUAGUGUACGGAAUGACGCAUACACGGUAUUAAUGAAUCAGCGUCGGCCUACUUUUGUAUAGGUUGAGAUUUCUAUUAGAUUAUAAGUCAAAUUUAGGCGUGAGAGUUAACAGUUCCAACAGACAGUAUGCUGUAUCUAGUAGAACUAGUUGAAUUUGUGUAAAGUGCGUAACCAAUGUAUUUUAAACCGAGUAGUUUGUUUCUUUUGUUCGAUCUGUGACUUCUGUUUCGUUUGUUUGUGUUCCCGUUUGCGUGACCGCAGUACAUGUAUGAGUGCCAGCAGUUGAACACCUGGUGAAUAGUUCCCUGCAUUUCCAUCUCUCACUGACGCAACUACUGCUUUGUUGAAUUUCCCAAACAACUCUUUAGUCGAAGAUGACUGUUCAGAACCUACCUUCUGACAGAUUGAUUUCUCCAAAGAAAAAGAAGGCCCGUAAAAUCAAGAAACCAAAACCGACGGGAUUCGAAGAAGAAUACUUUGCCGAUGCGCCUCUUACUCCACAAGAGUUCCAAGAAAAUGCUGAAGAAAUCUAUGCCAAGUUCGUUGACCUGCUUUCCAUCCGCGUACAUAUAGCUGACUCUACUCCUAGGCAUAUACCAUUCUCAGGACGAAUCCAGGCUUGCAUACAACGAUUCGGAACAAAAAGGCGCCUCCAUGGCGACCAUAUGAAGUACUUCAAGGAGUACAUGUUUCUCGGUGGCGUCGAUGUAUCGAGCGCAAGCUUCUCCACCAGCGAGGACGCGUUACUGAAAACCAACUACAUCGACGGCUCCGUUAACGAUCGAUUUUAUAACGGCCAAGAUUACUGGAAAGUGGACUUCACAGGCGUUGCGAGCACGUUCCUUGCAGUUAGUUUGCCUCGUCUGGCAGGAGACGAUCUAAGCCAGCGCGAUCUAGCUAUUGGUGUUGUAGAAAACUUCCUUCGCUAUGUCAUUCGAGAAAUGGCAUGCCCUGAAUAUGAAGAUGACAUCAAAAACGCGCUGUUGGCGUGUUCAGCAGCGAGAAUGGAAUGGCCAAUGGUCUCACGCUUCCUCGAAUCUCUGCCUGGCAUGUUUAACCUUGCGGCUGCCGAGCUGUUUGAUCAGCGGGACGAAAACGACGUCUCGUUCCUCACAUUUGAGCGACCUAUAGCCUUUGACCCUAAGACUACUUUCUACAGUUCGCUCAUCCUCAGCGGCGUGAAUGCCUUUCUAGCUACUGCUGUUAGUGAGGAUCUUCGAGUCGUCGAGCGAGUAUAUCGGAGUAUUGAGAUUGUGCGGAUCGAGAGAGCUUCUUUUGAACAGGUACAAACCGCUGCACGGUUUGUACGAGGAACUCAAACUCCCACUCGUCAAGCUGCUGCUCUUGGCACUAUCUUUGCAAAGACCGUCGUCAUUGAGGAUGGUUGGUAUGAUCCAUCCCAAGGGCCGCUGACCGAGGAUUUGCUAGCAAUUGUCUGCGAUGACGAUUUAUUGCAAUUCCUCAAAGAAGGGAUGAAGCUCCGCGUUCGCCUAUGUCUAUUGAGUAGCGGGAUCUACUUUAUCAAAAGUGUGUUAGAGCUGUACCCUACGUUUUACGUUUUCCUACCGCAGCAUCUUGUCAAACUGGUCAACUUGCCCCGUCCUAUCAAGCAGACCGAGGACUCUGAAGCCACCAUAGCCGCUGCUGACAGCGAUGAGUAACAUCAUCUCUUUU